AUGGAUACUACACAAAGAUCUCUUGCGACCGACCCCGUCGUCGUCGUUGGCGCAUCGCACAUACCAAAGUCAGUUGCCAUGCCGAUGAAGCAGCAACCCGCCGGCAUCCAUGCGGCUGCUGCAUCCUUAAGCAAUCUCAACUUGAAUCCGCACCUCUCGAAUGCCGGCGCCGCGGACAAGCUCCCGAUUAUACAAAGAAUCGACUCCAGCUCCGACUCAGGGACUAAGCCUCCCAGUCUCGACGGCAAAAGCAUCACAUCAGGAACCACUUUCGCGCUGGAUGAAAAGGAGUCUCUUCGUCCAGAUGACAGUGCAAGUGUGCAAGCGGCGGCUGAGGAUGACGAUGCCGCAUCUCUUGUUGCUGGGUCGCGGCUGGGCUCGGAGGCGGCUGCUAGGGCCAGAGCCCGGCCUGCCAUUGCCAUGGGAAGCCAUGUUGCUGGUCUUCUCACCCCACAAAGCACAUCCUCGGAGCAACAAGUUGUAAAUGGCGCUGCGCUACAGCUUGGUGGUGAGGUUGGAUCGUCUGAUGCGCUCAACGUCAUCUACCGUCAAGCGCCCGAUGAUAAGCUCCUCGAUGCGCUGGCUUCGCCGCGCGAUCGCUUCUUCUUAUUGCGGCUCGAAACAGACGUGAUAAAUUUCGUCGAAAACUCCAAAGAGCCUUAUAUGGACCUACCACCAUCCAAUUCCUUCUGCAGAAUGUUGACCCACAAACUAGCAGACUACUACCAUAUGACGCAUUCUUACGAACCGCAUAUCGGGUCUGUUCGGAUAUUCCGAACACCAUUCUGUCGGGUUCCGGCGUCGCUGGCACAGAUGGUUCCGGCGCCGGCCCCAUCCUCCAGCAACACGCCACCGCCUGCAGUCUUGCCGCGAAAGAUUAUGCGACGCGGACAAGAAGGCGAUAGUGCUGCGGCUAGCGCCAGCCCCUCCAAGGCUGCUUCUGAGACUGGUAGUGAUGCAAAGCAGCCUGCUAACCAAAAGCUUUCCCGGGAGCAGCGCGAGGAAGCGUACAAGGCCGCCAGAGAGCGAAUCUUUGGAAGCUCCGAGGAUAGCCCCGCAGCGGACAAUGACGCAGAAGUUGGCAUGUCUAGAACGAGCUCUGCGUCCGCUAAUAGGUCAAACUUGGGCAAGCGUGGAAAGGCAUCCAAGCAGCGCCGCGAUUCGGAUGGCUUCGACUCUCGACACCAGUACCAGCCUUACUGGGGACCUCAGCAACAAACAUGGGUGCCGCAACCGCAAACGCAAUAUGGACCACCCGGUGCGCUGUAUGCUACCGCUGGACCGUCUAACUACCAGGUUCCGCCGAAUUAUACGCAACCAGGGCCAACCUAUGGCCCGGUCCCUGCCAUGCCACCCAAUGCCGGAUAUCCUGCCUAUCCUCCCGCACCGUAUCCCGCUGGAGGAAGCCCUGUAGUGUACGCACCGCAGCCGCAAAUAGUGCCGAAUACACCAUCUCAUGGGUGGCAGCCUACUUACAACGCGCCUGGGCCCUACCCGCCGCAGGGUCCUCCUCCACCUGGAGCACCGCAGGGUUCUAACCAAAGCCCCGGCCCGCUCUACGGCCCUGGUGGGAUCCCCUACGCAUUCGGGCAAUUACCCGCAAACGCCAACCCGCAUGACCCCAAAAGCCAGCACCCCAUCCCAGGUAGCUAUAACCGAAACCAUGGCUUUAACCCCAAGACACAAUCAUUUAGCCCUGGAGUGCCCAUGGCUCCUGUUCACGCACCGCAGCCGCCAUUUACUGCACCCGGAUCGCAUCAUAGCAGCCCUCAAAUCGGCACACCGCCUCAUCUGGCUUACACGGGUUAUCAGCCCCCAAUGCCUCCUCCAUACGGUGGUGCGUACGGCAUGGCCAGACAAGGCUCCAAUAACUCAAUCCCAUCGUACCACGGCCCUCCUCAGGGCACGCCUCCACAUGUGGCUAUGCAGCCUCCCCAGCAUAUGGCUCAGCAACCGCCAAUGCCCGUGAAUAGCAGACCGCCUCCCCAUGGGCCGGCACCCAAUGGCCAAAUGUACAGCCACUUGCCCACGUACGGAAAUCCCGCUUCGUUGCCCCAGAAGCCAGCUACGGGAAUGUGA